AAACAAAUUGCCAGUGACCUGGUGCACAAGAAAACCCACUGCUAAAAGCGCCAGGCUUCUGCAAUUUCCCAAAGCUUGCUCUUUUUCUCGAUCUCUCUCACUCCCUCUCCGAUAAUCUUCGUCGUUCCUCGUCUACGCCACCUUUCAUCGCCAAGGGUUUUAAUCAUGAAGCUGGACACUAGCGGUCUGGAGUCAAGUGCACCGCUCUUUGGUGUAAGCAAUGAGUUGGUUGAUGGGUUAUCUACUGCCCCAUCAUUCGAUCUUCCUAGCAAUGUUGAUCUUGAUGGAUUCUUGAAAGACACAAUCCAAAUGGUGAAGCCAGCUAAGGGAACAACAACGCUGGCUUUCAUUUUCAAGGAGGGUGUCAUGGUUGCUGCUGAUUCUCGAGCUAGCAUGGGAGGGUAUAUAUCAUCACAGUCUGUAAAAAAGAUCAUUGAAAUAAAUCCUUACAUGCUUGGCACUAUGGCUGGAGGAGCAGCUGAUUGCCAAUUUUGGCACCGAAAUCUGGGGAUUAAGUGCCGGCUGCAUGAAUUGGCAAACAAGCGGAGAAUAUCAGUUACAGGAGCAUCUAAGCUGCUAGCCAACAUUCUCUACUCCUACCGUGGGAUGGGUCUGUCUGUUGGAACCAUGAUUGCCGGAUGGGAUGAAACGGGUCCUGGACUAUACUAUGUGGACAGUGAAGGAGGAAGGCUAAAAGGGACACGAUUUUCAGUUGGAUCUGGUUCACCAUAUGCUUAUGGUGUACUCGAUGAUGGGUACCGAUAUGAUAUGUCAAUUGAAGAAGCUUCGGAAUUGGCUAGAAGAGCAAUUUAUCAUGCAACAUUCCGUGAUGGAGCCAGUGGUGGAGUUGCUAGCGUUUAUUACGUUGGACCAAGUGGGUGGAAGAAGCUGUCUGGUGAUGAUGUUGGGGAACUUCACUAUCAUUACUAUCCAGUAACCGCAGGGGCUGUAGAACAAGAAAUGGUCGAAGUAAGUGGCGCGUAGAGGUGUUCAACAUCUGGAGGGAAUCCAAAACAUGCUAAUGAAGCUACCAAAUUUAUUUGCAUGUGUUAUGCGCAUGGGCAUUUACCCCUUUCAUCUGAAUACAUAAGAUCUUUGAAGUUGUUUUUACACACACUCGACUAAGAUCUUUCCAUUUACAAUUAAUUGCUAGUGGCGCCUUGUGUUGAUGUUCCUCAAACUUUUAAAACUUAAAGCUUAUAUAUGGUAUCUCGCUUAAAACCUA